AUGUAUCCUCUUCCCUACCGCUACCUUUUGACUUGCAUUGACAGAGCAACUAGAUGGGUUGAAGCCAUUCCUCUCAUCGACAUUACUGCAAGCUCAACUGCAGUUGCCUUCGUCGCCGGCUGGGUAUCUCGUUUUGGAGUUCCGCUGCAAGUCGUCACUGACCGUGGUGCCCAGUUCGAGAGUGAACUGUUCUCUGAGCUCUCGUCAAUGAUCGGCUUUCAUCACGUUCGUACGACAAGCUACCAUCCACAAGCAAAUGGCAUCAUUGAGAGACAUCACAGGUCUUUGAAGUCCGCAGUCAUGGCAAGACAAGACAAUUGGUAUUUGGCCUUGCCUAUAGUUCUCCUUGGCUACCGUUUGACGCCUAAUAUCUCAGGUUAUUCCCCAUUUACAGCUGUGACGGGUGCCCACAUGAUGUAUCCUUCGCCACUGAUUGAUAGAGAUGCGUCUCGCUCGAUGAAUUUAGCCACCAUCCAGGUUUUCAUCAAUGAGAUGCAGUCCAUUGACUUCAGUGACUUGGCAUCUGGGGAUUGUCACUCAACACCUCACCCGUAUGUGCCCAAGGAUCUCCUCACU